AUGGUAGCUCAAAACACUGGGAAAGUCAGAGUAUGCCUCUGGAAGCCUGCACUUUCCAAAGGAGCACAAAAGUUUCAGGUUAAGGAAAAGGGUAGCUUUGGACUUUCCCUGUGGGAGGUCUGUGGGAGAUUCCAAGUUCAGCAGGUGGGCAUUCUAGGAAAAAGGUGUUCAAGCAAUAUAGAAGGAAAAAAUAUAACACCUGUCUCUGAAUUUCACCUCCUGGGUCUCUCAGAAGUUCCAGAACUGCAACCUGUCCUCUUUGGACUGUUCCUGUCCAUGCACUUGGUCACAGUGCUUGGGAACCUGCUCAUUAUCUUGGCAAUCAGCUGUGACUCACACCUCCACACCCCCAUGUACUUCUUCCUCUACAGCCUGACUUUGGCUGACAUCUGUUUCAUCUCCACCACAGUGCCUAACCUGAUUUUGGUCAUCCAAAUUCACAGUAGGGUCAUAUCAUGUGUGGGCUGCCUAAUGCAGAUGUCUAUUUAUAUCAUUUUUGGAAGUAUGGAUGACAUGCUUCUGACUGUGAUGGCCUAUGACAGGUUUGUGGCCAUCUGUCAUCCACUGCAUUACCCAGUCAUUAUGAAUACUCGUGUAUGUGUAUUCUUAAUUUUCCUGUCCCUUUUGGUUAGUAUUUUGAACUCCAAGCUGCAUAAUUUGCUUGCCUUACAAUUUAAUAAUUUCAAAGGUGCUGAAAUUUCCAAUUUUUUCUGUGAUCCAUCUCAUGUCUUUAAUCUUAUCUGUUCUGACACAUUCUCUAAGAACAUUGUGAAAUACACUGCAGGUGUCAUAUUUGGUUUUUUCCCCAUCUCAGGAAUCAUUUUAUCUUACUAUAAAAUUAUAUCAUCCAUUCAGAAAACAUCACCAACUGGUGGUAAGUAUAUAGCCUUUUCAACAUGUGGGUCUCACCUGUCAGUUGUUUGCUUAUUUUAUGGAACAAGCAUUGGUGUGUACCUUGGUUCAGGAAUACAACAGUCUCCUAGAGAGGUUUUGGUGGCCUCAGUUAUUCACAUUGUGGUCAAUCCCAUGUUAAAUCCCUUCAUCUACUGCCUAAGGAAUAGGGAUAUUAAAUGUGCUCUUAGAAGAAUCUACAGAAGAACAAUCCAUCUCAGGGUCUGA